UGUCUAUCGUCAUUGCCCACGAGUACCUUGAGAAUAUUUUGGAAAGUAUUCAUAGUAGAUCAAGCCGUUACCUAAAUCAACCAAAUCAAACAUCCUUUUUCGUACUGUUUUUUUGUUUUUGGCUUGUUUCGUUCCAAAAGACACAAGUACGAGUACAAAUAAAGAAAAACCACUCAAGUCAAUCGACUGACAUAAUAUUGCGUACCAAAAGCCUUCUCACCGUUUGAGACAAACACGGCCAUGGCAGAUCAUACUCGAGACAAGACCACCAACGUGGUCGGGGGCGUCAAGUCGGCCCUCAGGGGCAUCAAGGGUACCGGGGACGUCAUCCGUGGGACGGUCAACGAGGGCGUCGACACCGCCUUCGACGACAAACACGGUGAAGUCAAGAAUCGUGCGGUCAAGGAAAAAGGGGAGGCGGAGAUGAAACAAGCGGACCAGACUCUCGGUGGUGGCCGCCCCACCACGACCGGCGCGACCGGUACUGGACUCAAGACCGGUGGACUUGGAAGGGGUACCACGUCGCCGACCACAGCCACACGCGGAACGACGACUGGGACGACGACUGGAACCACAACCGGCGCAGGUGCACAUUCCGGCGGUGUUGGCAAUUUGAGCAGUGGCGUGGCGUCUCAGCGUGGACAAGGUGGUGAACCUGGACCGACGCGGGAGAUGUUUUGAUUGAAUUUUUAACAACCCAAACUGUGGUGCCUUUUUCCUGAGAACAACACAAGGAGGCGGCAGUGCAUCGAACCAUGAGGGACGGACUACCAAGCAGCGGCGAAUAGUUCGGUUCCACUCACCGCUCUGUUGCUCUCUCUACAUACCCAUCAAUAGUCAUCAGAGUCAUAA